AUGGCCAACAAACUCCCCCUGGUCGCCAUCUCGCUCGGCCUCUGCGCCGUGUUCUGGCAACUGAUCUUGCGCGAUGCCCUCUUCAACGGGCUGGGACUGGGUCGCACGGUGCAGCCCAUCACCGAAUUCCCGUACCAAUGCCACCGCAUCAGCGGCGACCCGAACAUCCAGGCCUGCGAGGACAUGUGGCUGGACCAGAAGUCCCGAACACUGUAUCUGGCGUGCUCGGACGCGCUGGCCAGGAAAGACUGGCUGCCAAAUAUCCAUCGCCUCAAUGCGUCCGGUCGAGCGUUGCAUGACCAUGUCGUCGCCUUAGAUAUUGACAGUCCCACUGAAACAGGAGGCUACGCUUACCGUGUACUGAAGAUGCAGGGGUUUCCGGGCGUACAUGGCGACGGUCGAAUUCACCUCAUCGGCAUGACCGGCACCACCUCUGCAGAUGGCUCGGAUGUCCAGCUGUGGUUGAUCAAUGCACAACCUUCGGUCAAUCCAGAAACAGGAGACCUACUUGACAAUGCGGUCGUUGGGGCCAACUCGACCAUCGAGGUCUUCGCCACGACACCGAAAUCUUAUAGUAUGAAACAUGUCAAAACGUAUGCGAACUCCCAGAUUGCGACUCCCAACAACGUCGCGGUGAUGCCAGAUGGUGGAUUCUUCUUUACGAAUGACCACGGUCCACACAAGGUUGGCCUGCAACACCAUAUUUCUUCCUUCAUCGGCACGGGAGACGUCUCAUAUUGCACUGCGGCCGGUGUGUGCAAGAAGGUCGCCUCAGGGUUCAAGUUCCCCAAUGGACUUCAUCUCGGGAGUGAUGGCCUCGUCUACGUGCCCAGCGCAGCCGUGGGAGGCGUCACCGUUUUCAAACCGAAGCCGGAUGGGUCUGUGGCCAAGGUGCACAAAAUCGACCUUGAUUAUCCCAUCGACAACCUCUCCGAGGAUGCCAAUGGCGACAUCUUCGCCGCGACUCUGCCCAAAUCAGUCAAAACGCUGGCUGCCUUUGACGACCCGCUCAACCCAAAGAGCCCCCCAGCAACUGUAUGGCGGGUUCGAAGGUUGAACCGAGAGAACCCAGACAGUUAUGAGUAUGAACUGACGAAAAUCAUCGAGGACGCCGAGGGAGAGGUGUUGCCCGUCAUGACGACGGUGAUCCAUGACGCUCGGACAGGAACACUGUUUAUGAGUGGCGUCGUGUCACCAUUCAUCACCGUGUGCAAGAGAGUCUGA